AGACCAAACAGAGCCGGGGUUUGUGGUGUGAGAAGUCAAUGAUAGAAGUGAAAAAUUAUUCACGAAAUCUAAAUACAUAACCUAGAUUCGAUCCAAUGUGUUAAUUAGUUGAACAUGUUUAAUUCAAACCUUGGGAAUUGGACAAACGGAUACGUUUUCAUUUUUCUCAAAAACAACUUUAUAUCGAUGGAGUGCGUUUGAUUUGACGGCUUGCACAUGCGCAGUUCGGCGCGAGACGACAGUUGGACCCAAUGCGGGUUUCUACGAUUGAGUUUAGAUAUCCAACGUCGCCAUGACAUCGCCUACAAGUGUGAUCGGGGAUUUCUAUUGGAGAAGCAGUUUUAGCCUAUCUUCAUAUUGUACUGUCUUUGACAUAGGUCUUCGCAUAAAUCAAAGCAACUGGUUGCUAUGGCAUCGGGGAGAGGUCGUGCCGUCAACCAAUCAGAGACGAAUUCCCACGGUCUCAUAAACCAAUGAAAAUUGGACUCUGGGAAUAGCGGAAAUACAUGAAACCCAUAGCGCUAAUAUUUUUUUUUUGAUCAUACCGCGUGUUUAUAGGGAAUCUCGAGUUGAUGAUCGCCAAAACCCAAGAAUCCCUCCUGCACAGAGGAGAGAUCAGGAAAGGAGGGAUCAAAAUAAACAUCAACAGAGAGAGUCUGCGUGGGUGGUCGUCCAACAGCCCUGCUGCACGGUGUCCCUGAGGAGGGAGGCUAAUGUGCGUGGCGUCACUGUGCUCCGGAUCAGGAUCAGUAUCAGUGGAGAAUGAGUCCGGCCGUGGAGGCUCAGACCAUGCAGGCCAAGCAGCAGCAAACGCAGCAUCAGCUACAACACUAUCUGGAGAAAGGAGUCCCGCUUGAGCCCUUCAUGCACCAGGUGGGGGGCCACUGCUGCGUGCUGCGUUUUGGAGAGCAGACCAUCUGCAAGCCCCUCAUCCCCCAAGAGCACCAGUUCUACAAGAGCCUACCUAGCGCCAUGAGGAAGUUCACCCCCCAGUACCGAGGUGUGGUAUCUGUGGGUUUUGAAGAGGAUGAAGAGGGCAACCUGUGUCUCAUAGCGUACCCCCUGCACAGUGACUCUGGGGUUGGGCACCUGGAGAAUAUAGAUCUGUCGGUCAACGGCGAGCCAUACAGCAAGAUGCUGCACUGGGGCAACAAGCAGCUGUCUGCCCGGAAUCUGCUGGACUCACACGAAGACAAGGACAAGAGUCAUAAGCAUGAGGAGGAGGAGCUGGAGUGGCUGCAGCAGGAGGAGGUGCCUCUAGAAGGCAGCAACGCCAUCCAACACAACCCCUGGAGACUCCAACUCCAACAGAAACACCUGCAGAGGAUGAAGGAGAACGCCAAGCACCGCAACCAGUACAAAUUCAUCCUGCUGGAGAACCUGACGUGGCGUCACGCGGUUCCGUGCGUGCUGGACCUGAAGAUGGGCACGCGGCAGCACGGUGACAACGUGUCCGAGGAGAAGAAGGUCAUGCAAAUCCGCAAGUGCCAGCAAAGCACUUCAGCCCCCAUCGGAGUACGCCUCUGUGGCAUGCAGGUAUACCAGUCAGACUCGGGUCAGCUCAUGUUCAUGGAUAAAUACAUUGGGCGUAAACUGACCCUGUCGGGCUUUAAGGAGGCCUUGUUCCAGUUCUUCCAUGACGGGCGGCGUCUGCGGCGUGAGCUGCUCUCCCCGGUGCUGCGGAGGCUCAGGGAGAUGCAGACAGCCCUGGAGAGCUGUGAGUCCUACCGCUUCUAUUCCUCCUCCCUACUGAUCAUCUAUGACGGCGAGCCGCCCUGCACACAUGCACACAGGGCCCCCGAGGACGGUCUGUCUGAGGAGGAAGUGGAAGAGGAUGAAGAGGCAGGUGCGUUUGGGUUUACCCGCAGUAGUAGUGGUAGCGCUGGUGGUGGGUGCCUGGCAGCCCGAUCUGAUACAGGCCCUGACCCGGCGGUGGACGUGAGGAUGAUUGACUUUGCCCACACCACCUGCCCCGACUUUGUGGAGGACAGUGUGGUGCACGAGGGCCAGGACAGUGGCUACAUCUUUGGUCUGCAGAACCUCAUCGCCAUCAUCUCCAAGCUAGAGGACCACAGCACAGACUAAAACAGUCAUCUUCUCUCUUUUGGACUCAUGAAAAAAGCAUCACACUGGACUACAGAGGCUGGCCUUAGGGGCAUUCUGAACAUGGUUGUAGCCUGUUUUCCACAAGGUCCUUGUUUCUGUUCUUGGUGCUUCUUUUGGGUGUUUUUGUUUGUGUCAGUGGGGGAUAAAAAGGGCCCUGAUGGUUCAUGUUUAAAGAGACAUUUGCGAUCUUCAGUUUAGUUAACUUAGUUAACCUUAUCUGCUUACUGACCUCAAGCACGGAUUCCAACAGUUCCUGCUGCCUUAUAUACACACAAACACAUGCACUGAUGUUGAUGUGUGCUACUGAUGGGGCAGGUUUGAGAAAGCAAAAGAGAGAAACUGCUAUACUUGUGUGAAAUUACUAAGGGAAAACAUCUUCCAUUUUACUACUAUACCAGUUUAUUUUGCCAUCCCGUUCCCUUUGGAUUCAAAGAAGAGACUGCGGUAUAUUCAGAUAGCUAUUAGAUUACAUACAGAGGCCUUUUACAGGUAACUGCCCAAAUCAAGGAAACACCAACAUAAAGUGUCUUUAUGGGCCACCACGAGCCAGAACAGUUUCAAUGCGCCUUGGCAUAGAUUCUACUCUAUUGGAGGGAUGCGACACCAUUCUUCCACAAUAAAUUCCAUAAUUUGUUUUAUUGAUGGUGGUGUAAAACGCUGUCUCAUGUGCUGCUCCGUAAUCUCCCAUAAGUGUUCAGUUGGGUUGAAAUCUGGUGACUGAGAAACAUGCACAAUUUCUUUUUUUUUUAAUGAUACUAAAAUACACACACACACCCUAUAAACAACCCUGUGCUCCUUUGCGACCCCUCUUUCAAAGUCCUGAGAUCUCUUCUAGCCAUGGUAGCCAAACUAGUGGGCAACUGGGCAUUUUCAUACAUGACCCUAAGCAUGAUGGGAUGUUAAUUGCUUAAUUAACUCAGGAAGCACACCUGUGUGGAAGCACCUGCUUUCAAUAUACUUCGUAUCCCUCAUUUACUCAAGUGUUUCCUUUAUUUAGUCAGGUACCUGUAGAUCUAUUUAUUUGACAUGUUUCUUAAACUAAAACAUGUAAAAAAGAAAGUGAAUGGAGAUACAAAGACUACAUUCCAUGUUAUUAAUCUGAUUUAUUAAUUAAUAUUGUUGUUUUAUGUUCAGAUACCUCCUAUCUUGUAUCUGUCUUGUCCACAUUUUGUUGGAGAAAUAAAACAAUUUUUGGUUGUGUCAAA